GCGGUUUACCCAAGAAAUAUAUGUAUGUAAAUGGUAUAACAACGACCUCCGAAGUAAAAUAAAUAAGUUCAAGUGAACUAAAAAUCAAUCACUUCCUAAUUUGUGGACAUGGAAAGAAAAACACCAUCGAAUGAAGUGAAGAAAGAGGCUUAAAAUAACCACAUAAAAUUCACAUAGAAGAGGAAGACCUUCAAAACACUCUUCAUGAACUUCACAACAUACCUACAUACAUUCCCAUACAUUCGGAAAGGACAAUCGCAACGCAUAACUAUCCAUAAAGUAACACAGAAUACUCGUGGGAGUCAGGCACUUGAAAUUUGCAAUUUGCGACUCGCAUUCACACAAUCACUUUUCGCUCAUCUACCCCACUACUCCUCGAACACUUGCACUUUCAGGCACAGGGAUACAUAAACACGACCGAUUGUCACAUCUGCUCCGUUGUCGCUGGUCGACAGAUAAGCAGAGCAUUUAAGAAAACAGACCGAUAAUACCUUUAACAACAGCCAAUAUACAUUUAAUAAAAUUUAUAAAUUACAAAUUCAAGAAAGUCCAAGACUUAGUUCGCGAGUAAAACUUAUUGAAUCAUCGAACUAAAGAAUAUAUUUUGAUAACGAGAAGAUUAAAAUCAGGAACGACGAAUUUACAGGAAAACCUGGUAUGAAUGAUUGGCUAUACCCCUUCCUUGCCUCGACUCCUGUUGUUCGUAUAAUUUUAAAUAAUUUCAUCACAAAACGCAAAUAAACGCGAGAUCUUAAUUUUCCUCAAAUCCAGCAUAAAAGCUACCGCAAGAUGAGCAACAGUCGUCGCAAUACCGCAACCGAAUUUAGUUAUGUUCUACAGAGGCAGGGUAGCGAUGUCUCUGCAAGUGAAACUCAUGCCUUUGAUGACAUCAGCAACCUUAUGGAGGCUAAGCAUUGCGCACAGCAUCAGCAGAGUUCGCACACAGGUGGGGGAGGACAGUACAUUGAUUCGUCAGCGACAUUAGAUGGCGACGCAUUGUCCUCACUACCACAGGCCUCAUUCAACUACAUAAAUUCUAUUGUCGGUAGUGGUGUUAUUGGCAUUCCAUAUGCACUACAUCGUGCUGGUUUUGGAUUGGGAUUACUCUUGUUGGUGUUGGUUGCAUUUAUCACGGAUUACUCACUAAUUUUAAUGGUGAGAUGUGGCCACAUUUGCGGGAGAUUUAGUUAUCCUGGAAUUAUGGAAGCGGCCUACGGAAAAUACGGAUAUUACCUUCUUUCGAUAUUGCAAUUCAUGUACCCGUUUCUAGCUAUGAUCUCAUACAAUGUCGUUGUGGGCGACACUUUGUCCAAGGUACUGGUUCGCUUCUUUCCAUCAUGGGGUACAUCAAUGGGCGUAGUUCGGCUAGGAGUUGUGUUCUUUGUUACAGUUGGCGUCGUAGCUCCCCUAUGCCUUUAUAAAAACGUUUCCCGAUUAGCUCGGGCGAGUUUUAUAAGUUUGGCAUGCGUAGUCUUUAUUUUGUUUGCCGUCAUAGUAAAACUGUUAUCGGGGGAAUACACUGUCGCCGAUAAUCCAGAAUCUUGGAGAUUUGCGAACGCAGAUCUGAUACCUGCCACGGGUAUUAUGGUUUUUGCAUUUAUGUGCCACCACAACACAUUUUUGGUUUAUCAGUCUAUGAGGAAUGCGACACUAGAACGAUGGGAGAAAGUCACGCACGUUUCGAUCGGAUUCGCUUUGGCCGUAGCUGCCCUCUUCGGUAUUGCUGGAUACUCUACAUUUCGUGCACUAUCCCAGGGAGAUUUAUUGGAGAACUACUGCUGGAAUGAUGAUCUAAUGAAUUUUUCGCGAGUGCUUUUCUCCGUUUCAAUUUUAUUGACAUUCCCCAUAGAGUGCUUUGUUUCUCGAGAGAUUGUACGAGCUUUAAUUCAUCGCUUUGUAUUAAAAGAACCUAUCAGCGAGUUGACUUUGGACAAAGACCCCAAUCUGGAGAAGGGCGCUGACAUCGAUGAGUAUUCAAGAAACAUCACCUUGGCUAUAGUUCUCAGUGCAUUUAUCAUUUCACCACUAACAGAUUGUUUAGGAUCCGUAUUGGAAUUAAAUGGACUUUUAGCGGCAAUUCCUUUAGCUUACAUACUUCCUGGCCUGGCCUUUAUACAAAUGGAUUCGCAUCAUCUUUUCAGUCGGGAAAAAUUGCCAGCAUUGGGGUUGGUCGUGUUUGGCACUUUUGUUACCAUACUGGGUGUGGCCGUACUCUUACCUGGACUAAUGGGUGACUGCCGAUCCGAUGUUGUCAUGGAUUAUUGUGAGCAGGAAUUUACAGAGCUUACCGGAACUAAUGCAACGGAAUAAGAUAUCGAAUUGUUAAUACAUACAUACUCGUAAUUAUAUACUAUACAAACAUACACUCGUACCUAGUACAUGCCUAUGUGGUACAAAAGUAAAUGUACAUUUGUUAGGAAUUGCUUUAAAUCAAAACGGUCGUAUGCACUUGUUGAAUAAGUGUGUUUAAUGGUGAUGGAAUCGUGUCUUCCAAAAAAUGUUGCCCUUCCCCGCUGCAAAAUGUUUUAGAUGUUAUACUCAACCCUUUAAAGGGCAUGUUUUUACCCUCUUGUCCAUGUCUAGCUCACGCAAUUCAUAAUAUUGUCGUUUUAAGCAACUAUCUGAUGUUCACGGCAACCAUUAACUAUGACAAAGCUUCAAAGGGCAGGGAUGUGCCUUUUUUGACUUUCAAGAGCGUGAAAUUUUAAGAAACGAACACAAAAUGUUUC